AUGCCCACUCUAACACAGAUUGCUCUACAUCUUACCUUGAGUCUGGAGAGCACCGGAAAUCUCAUCUUCUCAUGUGCCUUCACCAACGGGAGUGUAAAUCUGUGUGAUAAGUCUGAUGCUGCUGGAGUUUUCCCCAACUGCUCUUGUAGCUUUUCUGGCCAGCUACUGUUUACCAGAGAUUUAACCGUCUCAGCUGCAGUAACUAUUGGAGAUCAGAAGAUCACAGAGAUGUUGACACUAAGGAACUGCUUCAGUAUCACAAAUAAUUCAGCAAACGCUUCUUAUAUACAGUGUGUGCAGUGCAUCUCUGCUGGGUGUCACUGGUCGUCUUCUCUCCAGCGAUGUGACUGGACACCUGAAUUUGGGCCGCAGUUACAAAUGGAUUUAUGUAAAGAUUUACUUUCUGGGACGGACUAUAAAGAGCCUGAGAUUCUCUCCCUAGAGCCCAACAAAGUUUCUUUCCAUGGCAGAAACAGAGUUUUGGUAAGAGGGAGGAACCUGGAAUCUGUCACCAAAAUCCAUAUUCGAGGGGAUCUGGACUGCAUUCCAAAAGAAGCUCCAGUGUUUGAAUACUUCAAUGACACUCUACAGUUCCACAUUCCUCCUAGUGAAACUAAAGGCACAGUAAAAGUGUGUGCUGUUACUCCUCAUGGCCGUUGUCAUGGUAACAGCAUCAUCACUUACAGUUCCCAGCCCACCUGCACAGGAAUACAUCCCAAAGUCACCUGGAGCAGCCAUCUAUUUGCUGAAACCAAAAGAGGAGUGGAUCCACAGGCCAACCCAUCACAACCCCGCAGGGUAUAG